AGAACUACACACUUUGAAAUAUGUAUUCUACACUCCUGAUCCAGUCGUCCCCGGAAAACUCGAUACUUUUAAUGUUUCUGGAACUUUAUAUACAGAUAUCACAGAAAUAACCAUACUUGUAUUCAGUUUUACAAACCUAAAGCUAAACGAAGCGCAGGCGAUAUCUAUGUUGAAAACAUUUGUACUGGAACUGGUUGCUGUUAUAAAAACAAACGGAGAUCGCUUCAAGGUUACGCAAUGGCGACAGUAUCCACCUAAUUGA